UUUGGCACACUUCUUCAACCAUCUCUUCCUCUACUAAUUACACAACUUUCAAGUCUGUAGGAGUGGUGUGUCUAGCCACAUUGGGCGGAGCUGGUGGCAGUUUCCGGUGACAGAAUGAGGGUUCUUGGCCGUAGCCCGGCCGUAAAGGGCCAUAUGCUGCCACAUCUUAUUGUGGUGGUAUUGGCCGUUUUGGCAACGUAUAAUGUGGUCUUUGCUGACCCUUAUGUUUACUCGUCUCCACCACCUCCACCUUAUGAGUAUAAGUCUCCGCCCCCGCCUUCUCCUUCUCCGCCACCACCUUAUGUGUAUAAGUCUCCUCCACCACCUUCACCGUCUCCACCGCCACCUUACGUGUAUAAAUCACCGCCUCCGCCUUCUCCUUCCCCACCACCACCUUAUGUGUAUAAGUCUCCUCCACCGCCAUCUCCUUCUCCGCCACCACCAUAUGUGUACAAGUCUCCACCCCCGCCAUCACCUUCUCCACCACCACCAUACAUUUAUAAAUCACCACCGCCACCUUCUCCUUCCCCACCACCGCCAUAUGUUUAUAAAUCACCACCACCACCUUCUCCUUCCCCACCACCACCCUAUGUCUACAAGUCUCCUCCACCACCCUCUCCCUCACCACCACCACCUUACUACUAUAAGUCUCCUCCACCACCUUCACCAUCACCCCCACCACCAUACUACUACAAGUCUCCUCCACCACCCUCUCCAUCGCCACCACCACCUUACUACUACAAAUCCCCACCACCUCCCUCGCCAUCUCCACCACCACCUUACUAUUACAAAUCACCACCACCACCAUCACCCUCGCCACCUCCUCCAUACUACUACGUCUCUCCACCACCACCAAAGAAAUCCCCGCCACCUCCACCACCAUACUACUACAAAUCUCCACCCCCACCAUCCCCUUCACCGCCACCUCCUUACUACUACAAGUCUCCACCACCUCCAACCAAGUCUCCACCUCCUCCAUACCACUACACAUCACCACCACCACCAGUUAAGUCUCCACCACCUCCUUACCACUACACUUCUCCUCCACCCCCAAAAAAGUCGCCUCCACCGCCAUACUACUACACUUCCCCACCGCCACCCGUUAAGUCACCUCCUCCUCCGUAUUACUACGUUUCUCCACCACCACCAGUGAAGUCUCCGCCGGUUCCUUACCACCCUCCACACCACCCAUUCGUGGUUAAAGUGGUAGGAAAAGUAUACUGUUACAAGUGCUAUGAUUGGAUGUACCCAGCGAAAUCCCACAACAAGAAACAUCUCAAGGGUGCUGUUGUGGAGGUAACAUGCAAGGUAGGUGAGAAAGAGGUUGUGGCAUAUGGCAAAACCAAGAUCAAUGGCAAAUAUAGCAUUCAAGUUGAAGGAUUUGAUUAUGGCAAAUAUGGAGCAAAGGCAUGCAAGGCUAAGCUUCAUGCACCUCCUAAGGGAUCUAUGUGCAACAUUGCAACAAAUCUGCAUUGGGGAAAGAAGGGAGCUGGCCUCAAAGUGAAGUCUAAGACCAAAUAUGAAGUUGUUCUCUAUGCGGAACCGUUUGCCUAUGCACCCAAGAGUCCUUAUAAGGAAUGUGAGAAGCCCAAGCCGAGCCCCACGCCAUACUAUUACAAAUCUCCACCACCUCCUUCUCCGGUUUAUGUCUACAAGUCACCACCACCACCAGCACCAACUUAUGUCUAUAAAUCACCACCGCCACCUCCGUAUGUGUAUAAAUCUCCACCUCCUCCGACACCGACUUAUGUCUAUAAGUCACCACCACCUCCUCCGUAUGUGUACAAAUCUCCACCUCCUCCUACACCAACUUAUGUCUAUAAGUCACCGCCACCUCCUCCUUAUGUGUACAAGUCCCCACCUCCUCCUCCACCGACCUACAUAUACAAGUCGCCGCCACCUCCAUACUACUAUAAGUCUCCACCUCCACCUUCUCCAUCUCCACCACCACCUUACUACUACAAGUCCCCUCCACCACCUUCCCCAUCACCUCCACCACCCUACUACUACAAAUCUCCUCCACCACCAUCGCCAUCUCCUCCUCCUCCAUACUAUUACAAAUCGCCACCACCACCAUCCCCAUCUCCACCACCUCCUUACUACUACAAGUCUCCACCACCACCAUCCCCAUCACCGCCACCUCCUUACUACUACAAGUCUCCACCACCACCAUCGCCAUCUCCUCCUCCACCAUACUACUACAAAUCACCACCACCACCUUCACCAUCUCCACCACCUCCAUACUACUACAAGUCUCCACCACCACCAUCGCCAUCUCCUCCUCCACCAUACUACUACAAAUCACCACCACCACCUUCACCGUCUCCACCACCUCCAUACUACUACAAGUCUCCACCACCUCCAUCUCCUUCACCCCCACCACCCUACUACUACAAAUCUCCCCCACCACCAUCACCAUCUCCUCCUCCUCCCUAUCACUACAGCUCCCCACCACCACCGUCGCCAUCUCCACCACCACCCUACCACUACAGCUCCCCACCACCACCGUCGCCAUCUCCACCACCUCCCUACCACUACACCUCUCCACCACCACCUUCACCCUCACCGCCACCUCCCUAUGUUUACAAGUCUCCACCACCCCCUUCACCAUCACCUCCCCCUCCUUACCACUACAGCUCCCCACCACCACCCUCGCCAUCUCCACCACCACCCUACCACUACAGCUCCCCACCCCCACCACCACCAUCUCCACCACCACCCUACCACUACACCUCUCCACCGCCACCUUCACCCUCACCGCCACCCCCUUACGUUUACAAGUCUCCACCACCCCCUUCACCAUCACCUCCACCUCCAUACCACUACGUAUCACCUCCCCCACCCGUGAAGUCACCUCCACCACCAGUCUACAUCUAUGCUUCUCCACCUCCUCCAACCCAUUAUUAAGCUUCAAGAACUCAGCAAUCGUCCUCAGGCAUCCAUCAUCCAGACUGAAACACCGAAUAAAAGAAGGCUUCCCGAGGAUGACAUUCAACCAUCAAAUAUAUAGAACAACUAGUUUAUUCAAUAAGGUCCUGCAAGCAUUAGAAAGCUUCAUAUUUUGCAUGUCGGACCAGUUUGCAUCUACUUCUUUGGCUAUUAUCGUACACAUUUUCCUCGUCAUAUCUUCGAGUAGACAUGGCUCAACAAUGGACUAUUUGUUUGCACUGAGAAGAGUUCAUUACUGAUCAAAUUCGAGGAGCCAGAAGUCAUAUGUAGAGUUGUUUUCUUAUUUUUUGUUCCUGUAUAGUGGAUGGCCUUGGAAGAUUGAGUUUACAUUCAUUACCCAUUGUUAAUUUCUUUGGUUUGUUGUGCUCUACGAGCUCAUAUUGUUACUAAUAAAAACAUCUUAAUUUUAUUUA